CUUCGAAGUGUUCGAAUCAUACGAAGUGCUAAAAUCAUGAUAUCGAAAUAUCAAAUAUUUGUGAUACUUAUAAUCGUUAAUAUCAUCGGUUUGAUUUCAGCUAACCAAACGCCAGAACAAAAAUGCAUACUGGGAAAAGAAUACUUCGACGGCUGCAACAAUUGCUACUGCCAAGUUGGAAACAUUGUUACCUGCACCAAAAAGUUGUGCCAAAAGUAUGAUUUGGAAACCCGAAGUGAGGUACCUGUGGCAUUGCUUCCGGCACCUUCUGAUUUCUGGGAAUAAUUUUUGU